AUGAUAGAGGUUAUAAUAAAUGUUUUUGCUCUGGAAAUAAAAUCAGUACAUAAUAAAAGCAAGCGAAAUAAAGUUGAAAUAAUUCCUGUAACAAUAAAUGCAGAAAGAUCAACAAAUAAAGAUGACAUUUUACAACUUUUCAAUGUUAACAACGAUUAUUCAAAUAAAGACAUUGACGGAGAUUGCAUCAUAAUGUCUGAAGGAUAUCAA